AUGACUCUCUUGACGGAUACUCUAUCGGCUAAUAAUGCCGCCUACGCCGCAAGCUUCACAAAAGGCGACCUGGCGCUCCCACCUGCAAAGAAAUAUCUUGUGCUGACAUGUAUGGACGCUCGUAUCGACCCUGCGGCUGCGCUUGGUAUUGAUCUCGGUGAUGCUCAUGUAAUCCGCAACGCCGGUGCUUCAGCAGUCGACGGUCUUCGUUCCGUCAUCAUCUCUGAGCAACUUCUUGGCACCAAUGAAAUCCUGUUGAUCAAGCAUACGGGAUGUGGAAUGCUUACGUUUACGAAUGAUGACGCUCAUUCGAUCGUGCAGAAGAACUUGAAUGCUGAUUCUACGGGAAUUGAUUUCCUACCAUUUCCUGAGCUGAAUCAAGCGGUGAAGGAUGAUGUGAAGUUCUUGAAGGAUUCGAAGUUUGUACCGGAGAGUGUUAAUAUUAGUGGAUGGAUUUAUGAGGUUGAGACCGGGAAGAUUGUUAAUGUGGUUCCUGCUUGA